GUCCAGCUUGUCCUACAGAGCAGCGCUGCCAUGAAGCGCUCCAGUCUUGAAAGACUGGCAGACGAGCAAACUGAGAUAUGGUAUGUCCAGGAGAAUCCUAAGAGAAAAGGGAGCGACUCAUGGAAGAGGUAUGAGGAGUACAAGCAGGCCAAAACUGUGGGCGAGGCCUUGCAGCUCGGGUCCUGGAAAGGCGACUUGAAGCAUGACUUCGACCACAGGUUUCUACACUUCAAGGAGGUGCAAGGUGCUGCGAAGCGGGCAGCAAAAGCACGUGCGACGAAAGCGACUCCGUGCCGUGAAUCCAAAGCGGUCCCAGCAGAGGAUGAGCAAGGCGAUCCCAUCGAAGAUCAAGGCAUGGCAGAGUCCGCGGAGCCUGCGGAGCCCAGCUCCAGUUCCAAGCGCCUCGCGCAGGAGCUGAAGCGGCGUAGGAGUGCUCCACGGCAAGACAAGGAGAGCCCCCAAGUGUGGAAGAAGCUGAAGUCGAAAGGCAUCCUCACAGAGAAUGAUGCAGAUGAGGCGAAGGAAGACCUUCCCCAAUCCUCUUGCGCUUCACAGCCAGGACCUACGGUGGCAGAGCGACGUCCUGCUUCGCCUUUGCAAGGCGAGCAGCUCUCGGUGGCAGACCUGUGCAGUAGACCUUCAGACUUCCAUGAAGUGCUCUCAGAAGUCGAGCAAAACGCACGAGACUUUGCUAGAGAAUGUGGACUUCCUGAAGAGGAGAUCGCGUCCACCGUGGAGGAUGAGUCAACAUGGGAGGCAGUGUCUGCUGAGGAGCCGCCUGCAGAGGAAGCUGGCAGUUCGGCUGCUCCGUCACUACUGGAUUGGCCAGAGGAGGAGUUGGUUGCAGCGGCUGAGGAGCCUGGCUGUUCGGCUCUUCCUCCAGAACUGGAUUGGCCAGAUGAAGAGGUGCUUGCAGCGGCUGAGGAGGCUGGCAGUUCGGCUCUUCCUCCAGAACUGAAUUGGCCUGAUGAGGAGGUCCUUGCAGUGACCAAGGAGGUCGUCGCGCCCAUCAGUCCCGACAGUCAGGACGCUGAUGCUGAGGAAAUCAGGCUUCGGUGUCGUUGCCAGAUGAUUAAGGUGAAGCAGGAGGUCGAAGAAAGCAGCGAACCCUCUGCGAAGGCAAGCCCUGUGGCCGUUCCGACGCCAACGGGUGAUUUGCGACAAAUCUUCCAGCAGCAGCGGGAGAGUCAGUCUCGGGCAGACGCUGAGGAGGGAAACGAAGAGGAGGAGAACGAGGAUGAUGACACUGCUGAAAAGCAGGCCUUUGAAUCUGCCCAAGAGUUGUCUCUGGAGCAAAACCGAUCGGAACGACAGCUGCGCCAGCAACAAGAGCAAGACCUGCUGCACCAAGGGAGCUUAUACCCUCUAGAAUGUCUGGAUCAGGGGUUGAUGGACUGCAUCAUCACCAGUGCAGACCUGAUCACUUGGAUAGAAAGUGUCGAGAAUCGAGUACUCCUCUACGAGUAUUUGCAGCUUCGGGCAAAGGCCAUCGCUUGGUACAAAGAGCCAGCGCAGGCUUACUUUGAUGGAAGGCGAAAUGUCAUGCUGUCGUCGAUAGAGCAGCCAGGUGCUUCUGAGGCCAGUUCACUCACCCGUCGCCGCAGAUGUUGGAUUUCAUGCUGACUGAGCUAUGACAGCGAUCAAUUGCUACGUUUCCUUCCAAACAUUCCGAACCCUUGAAAGAUCUUGAAAGGUGCUUGCAAAGUUCCUUGAAGAGGAAAUGGCGCGCACGCAAGAUGUGCAGUCGUCGCUGCUUGUUCAGUAUUUGCACAGCUCUGGUUCCUGUGAACGACAUAUAUAUAUAUAUAUUAUAGUGUUUCGUCAGGCAACUACUAAGGAAGCACUUUACGAUAUGCCAGACAAGGGGCACUACCUGCCGAAUCUGUUCAACCCUCAUGACGACAGCCUGGGCCAAGACGGCUGUGUGGACAUAGACGAGUAGCGAGUGGCCCACGCGUGAUGCCUUCUCAGUAUGGUCCGUGUGUCGGAAAUUGCGGCAUCUUUGUGGAGAAGCUGCGGGGCUUGGGCAUCUUUGCGGGGAAGCUGCGAAGCUGCGAAUGUGUCCGCCUUCAACUCGUUUUAGCAGCGGAUUGAGAGAAUCAGAGAUUGCCCGCCCAGAAGCGGUGGGACAAAGGCUUUUCUGAUUCUGUUGUGACUUGAAAACCUGCACCUCCGACACUUGCCAGAGGCUUGAUGAAUUGCAAUUGUUGCUCCCACAUCAAGGACUAACUGGUUUGUAGUCCUUUUAACGAUUUGUUCCUUCAC